ACAUUUGUUAGUGAUCAUCUGUCGAAGAGUGCCAUCAUGUGGAACCCGGGUGUUAAUGUAGCAGACAACAAUUCAGGAGUUUACGUUGUUGACAACACCAAUUCAGGAGUUUAUAUCGUAGACAACGAUUCCGGAGUUCAUGUUGUUGAUCAUGGUUCAGGAGUACACGUCGUGGAUUAUGAUUAUAACCAUGGUUCAGGAGUACACGUAGUUGAUCAUGAUUCAGGAGUUCACGUAGUAGAUCAUGAUUCAGGAGUUCACGUAGUAGAGCAUGAUCCAGGAUUGCAUAUAGUCGAUCAUGAUUCAGGAGUGCAUAUAGUCGAUCAUGAUUCAGGAGUGCAUAUAGUCGAUCAUGAUUCAGGAGUGCAUGUAGUAGAACACGAUUCAGGAGUUCAUGUAGUAGAACACGAUUCAGGAGUGCAAGUUGUGGACCAUGGCGUACAUGUCGUAGAAAACAACUACGAUUACGGUGGCGGAGUUCACGUAGUAGAAUAA